GCGGUGGAUUGUGGGCUGGGGGCUGCGGCGGCCUCGCAGCAGCCUCCGGCGCUGUCUCCCCGGAGCCGACCGGGCCACGCCAGGCCGGGCGGGCCGGCGGGGUGAGGCAGAGCAGUGGAGCAGGGAGCAGAAACGCUAGAGGCAGUGGUCGUGGCGCGGCGGCGGCGGCUCCCCUGGAGGCCGGGGAUGUGGGAGAGGCGGUGGCAGCAGCGGCGGAGGCGGCGCUGCGGACCCGGGGGAAACUGCUGGCUGACAGGACACCCGGGAGAGACGUGAGGGAGCCGCCGCUGCCGCCUUUCACCCCCGAGCAGAGCUGGGCUCGAGAAGGCGGCCCUGUGCUCCCCGGGCCAACAGGCCAGCCGGCGCGGGGCGGGGGCGGGAAGCCGGGCUCCGGCCCGGCCAGGCUCCCGGCGCCAGGAGGUGGCGGCCGCGGAGGAGCAGCCUCGGUGCGACGUGGAGGGCUGCAGGCGGCGGAGAUGCACUAGGCCUCGCUCUGGGCGUCUGCCCGGGACCCGCAGUUGAGUGGUGAUUUUAUGCAAUGGCUUCAAGCCACAGUUCUUCACCAGUGCCUCAAGGAAGCAGCAGUGAUGUUUUCUUUAAAAAAGAGGUAGAUCCAACAAAACACAUUCGACCUGUGCAGUCACUGCCAGAUGUGUGUCCCAAGGAACCCACAGGUGAUUCAAAUAGUUUAUGUGUUGCCCCAUCUCUAGUUACAGAUCAACAUAGAUGGACUAUAUAUCAUUCCAAAGUAAAUCUCCCAGCAGCACUAAAUGAUCCUAGAUUAGCAAAAAGAGAAUCUGACUUCUUCACAAAAACAUGGGGACUGGACUUUGUGGACACUGAAGUCAUACCUUCAUUCUACCUCCCACAGAUCAGCAAGGAACAUUUUACAAUAUAUCAACAGGAAAUCUCUCAGAGAGAGAAGAUUCAUGAGAGAUGCAAGAAUAUUUGUCCUCCUAAAGAUACCUUUGACAGGACUCUUGUACAUACUCAUGAUAAAUCCAGGACAGAUCUGGAGCAAGUACCUAAGAUUUUUAUGAAACCAGAUUUUGCCUUGGACGAUUCCUUAACUUUUAAUUCAGUUUUACCAUGGUCUCAUUUUAAUACUGCUGGUGGAAAAGGAAAUCGUGAUGCAGCUUCCUCAAAGUUGCUUCAAGAAAAGCUGAGCCAUUAUCUGGAUAUUGUGGAAGUAAACAUUGCUCACCAGAUCUCUCUACGUUCAGAAGCAUUUUUUCAUGCAAUGACCUCUCAACAUGAAUUGCAGGACUACCUCAAGAAAACUUCCCAGGCUGUAAAAAUGCUUCGAGAUAAAAUCGCACAGAUUGAUAAAGUAAUGUGUGAAGGAUCACUACACAUUUUAAGACUGGCACUCACCAGAAAUAAUUGUGUUAAAGUGUAUAAUAAACUGAAGUUAAUGGCCACUGUACACCAGACUCAGCCUACAGUACAGGUUUUAUUAUCUACUUCUGAAUUUGUUGGAGCACUGGACUUAAUAGCAACAACACAAGAGGUUCUACAGCAGGAACUUCAGGGCAUUCACAGUUUCCGGCAUUUGGGAUCACAGCUUUGUGAAUUAGAAAAACUGAUUGAUAAAAUGAUGAUUGCAGAGUUUUCUACUUAUUCUCACAGUGACUUAAAUAGACCACUGGAAGAUGACUGUCAAGUUUUAGAAGAGGAAAGACUAGUAUCUCUUGUAUUUGGACUUUUAAAACAAAGAAAACUUAAUUUUUUAGAAAUCUAUAGUGAAGAAAUGAUUAUUACAGCAAAAAAUAUCAUUAAACAGUGUGUGAUUAAUAAAGUUUCACAAAUAGAAGAAAUAGACACAGAUGUUGUUGUGAAGCUUGCAGAUCAGAUGAGAAUGUUGAAUUUUCCUCAGUGGUUUGAUCUGCUAAAGGAUAUUUUCUCUAAGUUUACAAUUUUCCUACAGAGAGUUAAGGCAACGUUAAAUAUUAUUCACAGUGUUGUUCUCUCAGUUCUUGACAAAAACCAAAGGACUAGAGAAUUGGAGGAGAUUUCACAACAGAAGAAUGCUGCAAAAGAUAAUUCAUUGGACACAGAGGUGGCUUAUUUAAUCCAUGAAGGCAUGUUUAUAAGUGAUGCAUUCAGUGAGGGUGAAUUGACAGCUAUGACAGUCGACACUGCCUCUCAAAGAAAUGCAUCUCCAAAUAGUGAGCCCUGCAGCAGUGAUUCGGUAUCAGAGCCAGAAUGUACUACUGAUUCUUCAUCCAGUAAAGAGCAAACAUCAUCAUCUGCUACUCCAGGAGGAGUGGAUAUUAUGGUCAGUGAAGACAUGAAAUUAACUGACUUAGAGCUAGGAAAGCUGGCAAAUAAUAUCCAGGAGUUACUGUACAGUGCUUCAGAUAUAUGUCAUGAUCGAGCCGUCAAAUUUCUCAUGUCAAGAGCAAAGGAUGGUUUUCUUGAGAAGCUAAAUUCCAUGGAAUUCAUAACACUGUCUAGAUUAAUGGAAACAUUCAUUUUAGACACUGAACAGAUCUGUGGAAGAAAAAGUAUGUCAUUACUUGGAGCACUUCAGAGCCAAGCUAAUAAAUUUGUAAAUAGGUUUCACGAAGAGAGAAAAACCAAACUCAGUCUCCUCUUAGACAAUGAGCGCUGGAAGCAAGCUGAUGUUCCUGCAGAAUUUCAGGAUCUUGUUGAUUCUAUAUCAGAUGGAAAGAUUGCUUUACCUGAAAAAAAAUUAGGAGCUACAGAAGAAAGGAAACCAGCUGAGGUUCUCGUUGUUGAGGGACAACAGUAUGCUGUUGUUGGAACUGUAUUGCUAUUAAUAAGAAUUAUCCUUGAAUAUUGCCAGUGUGUGGAUAAUAUCCCAUCCGUUACUACUGACAUGCUUACUCGUCUGUCAGAUUUAUUGAAGUACUUCAAUUCAAGAAGUUGCCAAUUAGUUCUUGGAGCUGGUGCACUGCAAGUUGUUGGACUAAAAACAAUAACUACAAAAAAUUUGGCUCUGUCUUCGCGAUGUUUGCAGUUAAUUGUGCACUACAUUCCUGUGAUCCGGGCUCAUUUUGAAGCUCGACUACCACCUAAGCAAUAUAGCAUGCUUAGGCAUUUUGAUCAUAUCACUAAGGACUACCAUGACCACAUAGCUGAAAUAUCAGCUAAGCUUGUAGCGAUAAUGGAUAGCUUAUUUGACAAGCUGUUAUCUAAGAAAAAUGUGAAUAUCUGCUGUGGUCAAGCCCACCCAUCGUGAUCUAACCCACAGUUGUCUAACAAUUGAAAUUCUUCAGAGUUUAGAAAACAACUCAAUAAAAUUUUUGGAUUUCCCACAUAGUUGAUAAUCAUUUUCUAAGGAGCUGAGGGGAGUAGAAGAGAUGAUUCUAAGGAUGGUAGAAACCCACACAGAAGUAAUUCUUAUGUUAAUCACUUUCAAUAUUCAUUUCUUAUGUUCUUUUCAUUCCCAAUAUGUCAUUAAAUAAAGCAGCGUUCCCCAAAGAAUUCUGAAUUAUACUGGGAGGGUAUCUUCAGAAAACUGUCAUGUAAUCAGCCUCACUCAUUUUUACCCUAUCCCUCAAUCUUUCCCUUUCCCUAAGUUCUUCAGUCCAUGUCUUAGAGAGAAAGCAGAAAUUUCCUAACCUGAAAGUUUGAAGGUUUAUUCAGUGUAUACCUUUUGCCUAAGAUCAUAUUUGGAGUAACCUUACUAAGCAAGGAGCUUUGAUUUGCUUUUACUAUUACUUGUAUCUUUCAGAUUCAGAAAUGGCAGGAACAACAGGCAUAUAAGAAUCAAAAGGGCAAGAUAAAGUGGUGCCCAUGCACUCACAUAAACACAUGCCUAAACCUUUGAGGAUGACAGUGAGAAGGAAGUGCUUAGAAAAUAAUAUUGCAUUUGUUUUAUAGUUUUCAAGUUUUAGUCAUAGGACCAUUUACAUUCUUAAAAAUAAUUGAGGACCCCAAAGAGCUUUGGUUUAUGUAAUUUAUACUUAUCAGUGAGUACCAUAUUAGAAAUUAAAACUAAGAAUUUUUAAGACAUAAGAAUACACAAAUACACAUUCUAUUAUUAGCCUUCAGAAUGAUGACAUCAUCACAAAUCACCUGAAAAUCCCCACUGUUCAAUCAUUAGAGAAUGAGAGUAAAAAAGAUAAAUAAUAUCUUAGUAUUAUUAUGAAAAUUGUUUUUAUUUCUCAGAUUCCUUGAAAAGGUCUCUUGACUCCCAGGAGUUAUCAGAUCAUACUUUGAGAAACUCUUAUAUAGUUGAUAAUAUUGAUGUUUUAUGCUUCACUUUUCAGAGGCUUAAGGAAUUUGUAAUUAUAUGCAAACAUAACUAUACUAUGUUAUGCCUAUUAGUUUCUAGUUUAGUAUGAAGAAAAAUUAUUGUUUAGAAAUUCUCUAUUUUCUUUUUUUUUUUGGAGACACAGUCUCACUUUG